ACAUUCCCUCGCUCUUUCGGGCGAUUAACGACGGCAAAAUUCUCCAUACGCUACACUCUCGGUCGGUCGUGCAGCUGAACGACAACGUCGUCGUCAAAAUUGGGGACAAACUUGCACUAGAAGAAUCUGCGACUCUAGAUUACCUUGCUCGACACACGUCCCUAUCUGCUCCUCGCCCCCCGGAUCAGGUCACUCUUGGACAUACAUCGUAUAUCUUUACUACGCUCAUACAUGGAGUCCCUCUGGAGAAGCGUUGGGAUACGCUAACGCAGGCUCAGGAAAACUCUGUACGUUCACAACUGGACCACAUACUGUCCGCACUACGCCGCCAUUCCUGCGACUCAUCCAUGUUACUCGGAACGCCAGCCAAGCCCCACGUAUGCAAGAACUGUCAAAUGACUGUACGGCGAGUCCUCCUGAUCUCCAGUCCGUAGCACAGUUUCGUGAUUGGCUGUAUUCUUCGAUCCGUCCCUCUAUCAGCGCAAGGUACCGUCGCUGGUUGGGCAGCAAGUUCAAGGACGACCACCGCGUCGUUCUGACGCACGGCGACUUCCACCCACGCAACAUCAUGGUCGUCGACCAACCUGAUGGAAAUGUCAGCGUCUCGGGUAUCAUCGAUUGGGAGAUGGCGGGGUGGUACCCCGAGUAUUGGGAGCUGUACAAGGCACUCAACACCCGCGAUAUCCGGGAAGAGGGUGAUUCUGAUUGGUGGGACAUAUUACCCGCAGCCAUCUUAGGUUACGACCGUGAGGUUGUCGACUACUACUUGCUUGAACGUGUUGUUCCCGGCUGAUAUUCU